GCUCCGACGGCGACGACGGCUUCGGGCCCGCCGCCGCCCGCUUCCGCCUCGCCAAGGGAGAAUACCUACGAUGCUGCAAGUUCUGUUACCCACUAUGUGCUUUUGUCAUUCUGGCUGCUUGCGUGGUAGCUUGCGUUGGCUUAGUGUGGAUGCAGGUUGCCCUUAAGGAAGAUCUGGAUGCUCUAAAGGAAAAGUUUCGAACUAUGGAGUCUAAUCAAAAAUCAUCAUUCCAAGAGAUUCCUAAAUUAAAUGAAGAUCUGCUUGACAAGCAAAAGCAGCUAGAGCAAAUCGAGACUGGAGACAUGGGGCUAAACAAGAUUUGGACAAAUAUUACCGAAAUCAAUAAACAGAUCUUGUUGUUGACUUCAGCAGUAAAUCACCUCAAAGCCAAUAUCAAGUCUGCUGCUGACUUGAUUAACCUUCCUGUCACAGUAGAGGAACUUCAGAAGAGCGUAGCUACCAUAGGUAGCACCUUAACCAGCGUUCAUCAUGAUGUUGAGACUAUGCAGACUGCAGUUGAAGAACACAGGAAAAACAUAGAAACGCUCCAAAACAAUAUGAAUGAAUACACAAAAGAGAAUAGAGAAAAACAGGUGUCUUCACUUUCUUCCACUGUCACACCAGGAAUAAACGAUAGAAAUCAGACUGGGAAGUGCAAGCAGGAUAACCAAUACCUGUACACCACUUUAGAGGAGAUAAAUACCACCCUAGUGAUGUACCAAAAGCAGAACGACCUAAAGUUUCUUAAUGUGGAUUCUGCAAUCAGUAAUCUAACUCAAAGAGUUGCGUUGUUAGAAAACUACCUGGAUGCUGUGAAUAAACUGGAAAAGAGAGAGAAUUCAUCUGUCAGUUCGGUGGAUGAUGCAGGUACUUUUCCUAAAGUAGAAAAUGAAGAUCAGUCGGCAAAUGGAACUGAUUCAGAUAAAGCACAGAAUGCAAAGAAAACAGAAACUCUGGUUUCAAUACCUGAAAAUCUGAGAGAGAAGCUUCAGCUGAUCAACGCUCUAACAAGCAAACCAGAAAGUGAGAAGCCUCUUGAGGCAUCAGUGAAUGCGGGAAAAGCUCAGACUACAUCAAAGCCUACAGAUCCUCCCAGACUUGCAUCGAGAUCAGUUGGUGGCAACAUGGGAGAAAAUGGACAGCCAAGGCACUUGUCCUUACCAGGAAUUUCCAGCACAAAAGAUCUUCUGGAUUUGUUUAAAAAGCUGGAUCAAGACUCGGAUGGAAAACUAACCUAUGAUGAUCUUCAAAGUCUGGUUGGCUCUGCAAUACAAGAGUUGCAGAGCUUUAAGGAAUUUGAUACAGAUGGGGAUGAAAAAUACUCAUUACCAGAACUGAGAUUAGCUUUAGAUGUAUAGCCUACAUAUAUUAAAAAUGCAGUAUUGGUGGACUUGCUGUAGCUAUUGAAAACAGAUAAGCAAAAGCUACAUCUGCACUUUCCUCGGUGUUCUACUAAUCUUUGGCGCUAACUUAGUGUACACAUUGCCACCUUUUUAAUUUGCAAUCUUUUAAGGUAUUUAAAAACUUGAAAAAAGUUAUCUAUGGCAUAAUGGAUGGUAGGGACUUCCUUAAAAAAUCCAGAAAGAUCCCAAACUACACUAGGAACUGUUGCCCGACAUCAUCUUUCCCUUUUAAAGGGAGUUUUUGUCUUUAAAUUAGAACUUGUGUACAGAUAGACAAACCCAUGUUUUAUAUUUCACAUAAAUUUGCCUUAAAUGAGAGAGCUGCAUUUUAUAUGGAGCGGGAAGAAAUCUGUCUUAAAGAUGGGAUUUUUCUGCUUGUAAAUAUUUGAAAUAGAAUAAAUUAUGCAUAUUUUAGGGGAAGUUUGUGUUGAGGCUUUGUUGGUAAUAAACAUGCUCGUGUAUAAAACCUAAAAAUGCAAUAUAACGGUGUGGCCGAGAGUAUUUCAGGUGCCCCUGGAAUUUAAUUUCUGAGCUGCUUCUACCCUUGGCUGUCUGCACUCACAGGUGGGUUUGAUCUCAAACUGCAGCAGAUCCAAGGCAUGACAUGUCGUGUCGUUUCAUAGAGGGCUUGAAUUUUUAAGGGGUGGGAUUGGACAGUUGUCUCUCUUCCUUGAUCUGAAAAGCACUAGGUAUGGUAGCUUCUUGUGAUCCACUUCCGAGUUUCUCAUUCACUUUGCUGUAUUGCACCCAGUGUUAUGCUUUAUGGAGGGAGGGUAAUCUACUGAAACAUUUUAAUUGGCACUUUAACUUUUUGCUCUAACCUUGUUCCCAGAAGCUGCUGUUGACUGCCAUCAUGGCAGGGAAGUUCACAUUCCUGCCCUCUGUACAUGUGACAGGGUCACCAGGUCCCACUGACUGCUCGUCAGAGAUAUUUUUAACAGGGCUUUUGACACUGCCAGUCUCUUCCUCCUAAUACUGUCUCACCUUACUAAUGCAUCCAUGGGUAAGAGCAGCCUUCUUAAACGAGGCUGUUUGUGAUUCCAUGUCAUGAACAGGAUGGGGAAAACCUCCGGCAGAGAACUUAAACGCAGUUUCCUGCCUAUUGUGAAUGUUAAUAGUUCUUGGCAUCUAAAACUACUGUAUUUUCGUACCAUUCAAAAGAAGUCAAAGGACAGGUGCAGUGGAAGGGGACAGAACCAUAUAUCACCCUUUACAAAAGAAAAAAAACCAUGAGUGCAAUAUAAAUGAAGUGUCUUUUUGUGCAGCUAUUCCUUUGACUCAUGAUAUGCUAUUUUCCUUUUCAUGUGGACAUUUGGUAUGUUCACAUUGUAAAUAUUGUGAAUCUAAACUUGAAGCCUGUCUGUAUUCAGAAACUUCUGAAACGUAUAACAAGGCUUUUGCCGAAUGUAUUCUUCUGUAGGUCCAACCAGGGACAAGUUAGACUUCAUUGGCCACGGGUGUAAUACAGAUCUUAUUGUCUGUUAUUUGAAUGUAGGUUUAAUGGACUAAAACUGUCCACAUCAACAGAACAUCAGUAUAUGGAAGCCUGUUCAUAGUUAGUUUAUGGGACUCUGAAUGGGAUGAUUAUAGCUUUACAAAUGUUGUCUGGAAAUAUUCUUCAGCAAAAAGUCUUGCAAAAUUGAACCCUUUUAUAGGCUGUCUAAGCUUUUGCCAUCACUCUUCUAGGCUUGGUUUGCCCAGCAAGAAGAUGCUGUCAUUGAUGUGAAGAUUUGAAAUACAAUAUAAUCUGGCUUUAAAUAUAGCCAGAAACCAACACUUGCUUCUCAGUAGCUUCCACACCCUCUUAUACAUGUCUGUAUGAAUUCCUGAACCAAAUUUAAAAAAAAAAAAAAAAAAACUCGAAAGAAAAAAAAACAAACAAACAAAAAACCAAGCAAUAAAGUAUAACCGUUCUGGUAAUUUUUUUGUACAUAUUGUAUCAUAGCUGUAUGUCAGAAUUUGCAAGGUAUUUUUGGAAGGCUGAUUUGUAUAAAACAAUGUAAAGUGAUGUUAUGUUUUUUAUGAGAUUGCCUCAUUGCCACAUUAAUUUAAAUAUGUUCUAUUUUACUGUCUGCUUUUAAUUUUGCAGUAACGGGGUGGGGCGGGGAGUAUUGGGGUAUGGGCACACGUUCUUAUGAAACAAGUUCUGCAGUAACCGUCAGCAUACAUGCUCUUUUCCCCACAUUAAAUACGAGGCAAUUUACUCUGUUCGUUGAGGAGCAGCUUGACUUGCAUCUGUGGUGGAUAAGAGCAUGUACAUGAACGAUACCAGCAGAGUAGUUCAGAUGCUGGAAGUCCACACCCCCCUCUUAUCUCAUGAUGAUUUGUUCAUGUGCCUGUACCCUUCUUACUUUUGGAGACAGUGUGUGCAUCUCAGUUCUGGUGUUUUGCAUCCUCUAUGUGCCUAUGGGACUGAAAUGAUCAAUUAUUGAAGUGCUAGGAUGUGAGACUGUUUAAGAACGUGGAUUCAUGUGCAUCUUGAGUGCAUAGCGCUGCCUCACAACUCAUUUAACUGACAUUGUCACUCAGCCUAAUGGGGAAUCAUAGAAUGGAUGCUUAAUAAUACAUUUAAUAAAAUAGGAUCAUCUAAAAGUAA